AUGCCUUCUACAUACAAUCGUGAUAAACCAUGGGACACUGAAGAUGUUGACAAGUGGAAAAUUGACCCUUUCAAGCCUGAAGAUAAUGCAUCAGGGUCUCCAUUUCUAGAAGAGUCUUCGUUCGAAACGUUAUUUCCUAAAUACAGAGAGGAGUAUUUAAAGCAGGUUUGGGGUGAUGUCACAAAAGCCCUGACUAAUCAUCAAAUAUCAUGUACUUUAGAUCUUGUUGAAGGUUCUAUGACAGUCAAAACAACCAGGAAGACUUAUGAUCCAGUUCAGAUUCUCAAUGCUAGGGACCUGAUCAAGCUUUUAGCUAGAUCGGUGCCUUUGCCACAGGCCUUGAAAAUCAUGCAGGAUGACGUGGCAUGUGAAGUAGUCAAGAUUGACUCUUACGUGUCCAAUAAAGAAAGAUUCAUCAAGAGAAGACAGAGGUUGAUUGGUCCUAAUGGUAACACUUUGAAAGCUCUGGAGCUACUUACCGAUUGUUAUAUGUUGGUACAAGGUAGCACUGUGGCGAUUAUGGGACCACACAGGGGACUCAAAGUUUUGAGAAGAGUUAUUAUUGAUUGUAUGAAUAACGUUCAUCCUAUUUAUCAUAUUAAAGAGCUUAUGAUUAAGCGAGAGUUGUCCAAGAGGCCUGAAUUGGCAGAUCAGGACUGGUCUAGAUUCCUUCCUCAGUUCAAAAAGAAAUCAGUGGCCAGAAGAGUGCCUAAACAAGUUAGAGACGAAAAGAGGAAGGGUAAAAAGCCUGAGAAGAAGACUUACACGCCAUUCCCACCUGCACAGACCCCUCGUAAAGUUGAUCUUCAGAUCGAAUCUGGUGAGUUUUUCUUGAACAAUAAGCAGAAGCAGAUCAAGGAGCUAGAACAGAAAAAGGAUAAACAGGUUGAGAUGAAAAAAGUUAAGCAGGAAGAGAAGGCUAAGGAUUAUGUUGCUCCAGAAGAGGAUGCCAGAAAGAAUCCAUUGCUUGCGAGAAAAAAGGAAAAAAAGCAUCAUCAUCAUCAUCAUCACCACCAUCAUCAUCAUAAUGACGAAAAUGAAAAUUAG